AAAGAAAAUAUAUUGGUUACAACAUCGACCAUUUCUUCUUAUAAUAACUCCCUUCAUAAAUUAAAAUUUAAUGAAGAUAGUUUAACUGAAGCUAUUGAAAAGUUAUCUAUUCAAAUAAAAAAUGUCUCUGUUACAUCCAAUAAAUUAAUAAUGAUUUCUCAAAUAAACUCCAUCUUAAAUAAUUUAGAAACUUCACUGCUUAAUUUAUCCUUUCAGAUAGAAGACAUUACUAAUUCUAUUCUCUUUUGCAAUACAAAUUUACUUCACCCUUCUAUAAUAACACCUAAACAUUUGUAUCAAGAACUUAUCGAUAGCUACAGACACUUGCCGAAUGGGCAUGAAUUAGCAGUAAAUUUAGACAUAAGUUCGAUUUACACUAUUUUAAGUAUAUCUAAGUUAGUUUGUUAUUAUCUAAAUCAUAAAAUAAUUUUUGUUCUACAAAUACCACUUGUUUCCUCUCAAGAAUUUUAUUUGUAUCAUAAUAUUCCUUUACCGAUUCCUCAUAAUUUAAAAAAGCCAGACUCAUUCAGCAUGACCAUACCGGAUUACAAGUACACCGCUGUUACUAAAGACAAACUAUAUUACAGCAGUUUCCAAUCUCUAGAAAUUUGUAAAACAGUCAGUGUUCAGAACUAUAUAUGCAGUAUAAUGAAUGUUUUCUCGUCAAGUGCCAAUCCAUCCUGUGAAAGUGAACUAUUAUCCAAAGUUUUGACACAACUUCCAAAAGAGUGUAAAACGGAAUUUCUAUACGGUAAUCUUGAUAUUUGGAAGACUCUUAAUAACAAUCGAUGGAUUUUUGUACAAUCUAUACCAACGAAAUUAUCAAUAGACUGCGCUAAAUCUCAAUUAGCAGAAAUAAAAAUAGUUGGUACUGGAAUAGUAAAACUUCCUAAUCAUUGUAAAGCCUAUUGUAAGAAUACUAAACUUUAUACCAAUAACAAUGUAUUUAAUAUAAGUUCACCUUUAUCUAGUUUCACUAAUUUUAAUCUUAUUGAUGAUUUAUGUUGUAAUUUAAGUAAAUUUAAAGAAACUGUUAGUAAUGCGCCUCCUAUUAAGCCUAACUACAUUCCACAUCAUUGUGUUAUAAAAGAGUCUAGUUCAACGACUAAACUACGUGUUGUCUUCGAUGGUUCUGCGAAGUCGGGUAAUGGUGUGUCGCUUAAUGAAUGUUUGUUGGUGGGGCCUAAGCUUCAGAAGGAUAUUGAAACUAUUCUUUUGAGGUUUAGGUUACAUGAGAUAGUUUUUGUAGCGGACAUAAAACAAAUGUUUCGAGGAAUAUUACUCGCAAUACGGACUUUGCAACAGCUGGACUCUGAUGAAGGGCACAAUUAUCCAAAUGCUGCUAAGGUUCUUGUUAACGAUAUCUUUGUCGAUGGCAACGUGAGGGGAGCAGCAGAUUUGAAGUCUGCACUAAAAUUAAAGGAUGAACUCAUAGCUUUAUGCUCUCGUGGGUGUUUUGAACUUCGCAAGUGGGCAACAGAAGAUGAAAGUGUCAUCAAGGUGUUGGGUGUGCAAUGGAAUCCACAAAGUGAUGUGUUCCACUAUAAUGUUAGACUUGAUUCGUGUCAACCGCUUGUAGCUAUACCUGAACCAAACGUAACAAAUGAAAAAUUAAAUCGUUGGACUCGAUGGCAACUUCUAAGUAAUAUCGUGCAGCAUUAUUGGCAACGAUGGAGUCAAGAGUAUCUCCAUACGUUACAACAAAGGUCCAAGUGGACAGAGUCACGGAACAAUGUUAAGAUAGGCUCAUUAGUGGUCCUCAAAGAGGACAAUUUACCACCCUUGCAAUGGCGUCUCGGUGUUAUUGAGAAUACGCAUCUCGGCAAGGAUGGUGUGGUUCGAGUGGUUUCUGUGCGCACUGCACAAGGUGUUUGCAAGCGUGCAGUUGUUAAAGUGUGUCCGCUCCCGGACAGUGAAUAA